AUGGCCGACCGGUUAAAGCAGCGGUUGGAUUUGAUCUCGAACGGAAGCAGCACACCGAACGCGGCCGUCAGCUCGAGCAACGUGUACAAUCCGACCCCGAUCCAGAAGCAGUUCGAAAUCAGCUCGGAGAGCGUGAGCAAGAUUACGCGACCCUCUGUAGACAACAGCCACAGGAGGACGAGGAGGAGCACGGCGUCAUCGUGGUGGACAAUUCAGCAGCCGGCUGUUGCAGCGAAGGAGCCGGAGCCCAAGAAGGAUGCUCCCGAAACAAGCAAGGAAUCUGUUGCCUCGUCGGUGAAAGAAGAAAGCAGUCUGAAAUCAUCGGAGGUCGAUUCGUGUACAGCGUAUCCCGAGAAGAAGAAAUCUGCGUGCCAAGCAGAGGCGAUCCUCUUUUGGAACCAGCUCAAAACAUCUGAACCGAAGGACAAACUUCCGGAACUCGUAAGGUCAAAAAUUCAGCAGCUCGAAGCGCUGGCGCUUGGACGGCAGGGAGCUUUAAUGAAGUUCUGGGGGAAGGCUGCAAGCGCUGCUAGCCCAACUCCUGCGGUAUCGCAGUCGAGGGCGUCUCCAUCGGAACAUGGAGCAUCGGGGUCCGGACAGUCGAGCCGAAAAGGCGAAGCAAAAAUAGCGCAGCCAAGUUCCGCGAGCUGUUUGAAGCGACCUGCGCCAGUCCAGCAGAAAAUCUCGGAAGAGCUGAACGAGGUUACAGCCCAAGUGCCUGAAGGGGAAUUCAAGCAAUUGAAAUUAUUGACCGGCCAAAGAAAUAAGUUGGAAAAAGAGUUGAAAGCAAAAAUCAGCCAGCAGGAGAGGCAGAAAAAGCGACGAGUCGUUGAAAAGAGCGCCAAGGAAAGGCUUCUUGAAGAGAUUCCUGAAGCAGCCAAGUUCCUGUCAGUAAGAUCAAACAUCGGCCGUCCACGCCUGGAAGAGCAGCAAACAGAUUUAUUGAAGGCCAUCUGUGAUAUCGCGAUCUACGGUUCGGCGGCUCAGGACAAGCGACAGUUUGAAGCGAUUCGAAGUAUUCAUACAUUGGACGAACUCAAAGAUGCGCUGUUCCACCAAGGUUUCAAGCUGAGUAGAUCUGCAACCUACUUACGAUUGCUGCCACGUAGAUCGAACACUGCGGAAGGGGGACGUCACGUCAAUCCAGUUCCGGUCAAACUGCAAAAAGCCACUAACACCAAGCACCAUGAUCAUUCAGAUGGUCGAUUUUGCACGUCUACAAUUCGGUCUCUGGAAGAGCUCUCUUCACUGCUAGGACCGGAAGAGGUUGCAUUUCUAAGCCAGGACGACAAAGCGCGAGUUGUAAUCGGUUUAACAGCCGCAAACAAACAGUCCCCAUUCUUGAUGCACAUCGAAUACCGAGUUAAACUUCCAGACCACAACUGGGUCGUCGCACAGCGACACAAGCUUAUCCCAUCAGUCACCGCUGGAAUAAUUAUCAAGAAAAAUGGAUUGGGAAAGCCGGAGGCUGUUGGGUAUUCCGGUCCGACAUACGUUGGAAUCCGCUCCGGAAAGCACUCGUCGUCAACCGCGUAUUCUCAUGCACUGGAUUUCAAACGAUUGACCGAGCUGGAAGAAUUUGCGCCGAUCUUGCGUCAUGAUGGGAUCAUCAAACCCGUGGUUGUGAUUGUGGUGGAUGGUGGGCCUGACGAAAACCCGCGCUAUCGCAAGGUUAUUCAGGUCGCCAUCCACCACUUUCUUGAACAUAACCUUGAUGCCAUUUUCAUCGCGACUAACGCGCCGGGAAGAAGUGCCUUCAACCGGGUCGAAAGACGGAUGUCCCCGUUAAGCCGAGAGCUAGCAGGUCUACUCCUCCCUCACGAUCAUUAUGGAUCACAUCUAGACUCACAAAUGCGGACCACAGAUGAACAUUUGGAGCGGCAGAAUUUCAAGUUCGCUGGAAAAACGCUUGCGGAGGUUUGGGGUGGGCUGAUCAUUGAUGGAUAUCCGACGGUUGCUGAAUUUAUUGAGCCAGAAGCGUCAGAAGUUGACCCCGAAUCGCUGGAGUGUCGUGACCAAUGCUGGUUUUCGAACCACGUUCGAACCAGCCAAUACAUGCUCCAGAUUGUGAAGUGUGAUAAUAGAUCCUGCUGUUCGCCACUGCGAAGCUCUUUGUCGACGGUACUUCCUGGACGGUUUCUUCCUCCACCGAUUCCGCUUAUCCACUCGUCCGAUGGACUAAAAGCGGCAGGAAAGGAUGACCACCAACACUUUCCAUCUUUGUUUGUCGCCAUUUCACUCGACGUUUCGAAGAUCCUACCAAAAUCUUAUCUUGGGUUCAUGAAAAUCCCGUAUGAUCUGUUUUGCCCUUCUCAGACCAAUCUGGUCAACGAUCGGAUCUGUACGACCUGUGGACUGUACCAUGCGUCUCUAGUUAUGCUUAAGGAGCAUAAAAAAGAGCACAAAGUUACGGCAGCGACGAAGAAGAUUCGUCCCAAGCGUGUCGUGACCAGACGACGAAAUGAGCUAUUAGUGGCGACAGCGGACGGCGGUGAUCUUGACUGGCUGGAUAGUGAUACAGUUGAUCUCACUGGUAUCCCCAUGGAUUGGGCAGAAGGUGUUGAGAACUUAAACGAUUCACAUCCCAUAAUUGAUAUCGAAAAACAUCUGCUAAAUCCUUGGGGUGAAGAUUAGCAUUGCUAGAUUGAUUUGCGUUGACUGCUGAAACGAUGAUAUUAUAUUGUUAUAACAAUGAAAUAAAAACAACUUGAAAUAAGAUAACUUCGUUUUUUUAAAUAAGAUUUUUCUAUUGGCUGGGGGAGGGGGGGGGGGGGUCGGGGGGUCAUGUUAUGUGACGUACUUUUAUAGGGGGGGUAAUAUGAAGCGUGACAAAGUGUGACAUGGGGGGGAGGGGGGGUUAAAAAUCGCCCGAUUUAGCGUGACAUACUUUAUGGAUGACGCCUUGCAGGGAAGUGUUAUUUAAUGAAUAUUAUUCUCUCGCAGAGGAGACCAACCAGCAAUGCCCGCAAAUUCAACGGAAUCUCCUCCACGUCAGGAUCCGAGCUAGACGGUAAAUCUGCCGUGCAGACGCCAGCAAAUUUGACGACCACUGCAGCCUCGACCACAACGACAACCACCGCCGCCAACAAGCUUGACCUUACCCAGGCACUGACUUCCGAGGAUGCGCUGUACGAGGUCAGCGUAUGGUUCGACGGAACGGAGUUGCAGUUCUUGUCGGUGGAGAAGGUGAUCAAGCUGGCAGCGCCCGGUUUGGCCGAGUCCACCCAAGAUCUGACAGGAAUUGACUCGUCAAAGCAGUCCUCCAACGGUAGCGUGGGAAGUCUUGGCCCGUUCCAGCUGCCUUCGGCGAGACCGGCCGCUGAUUCACACUCAAGCGCAACGGACAGUUCGGGGACAGUCAUCAGUCAGUCGAAGGCACCACUAUUCAAGGUUAAGCACACCGUCCGAGGGGCCAAGUUGAUGAUCGAGGAAUUCACCAAGAUCAAGCAUGGAUGAUGAGCUAUCGGACGCGGAACUGGACCAAAGCAGUUCCAACGCGAAGACGCCCAAAACAACCACCGAAAAGUGGUCGAGGAAAGAAGCGAACCCGCACCGAGUCCGAAGUCGAAGCAAGCCUCCCCGAAGAGCGCCAAGAAGCAGAAACCGGAAACACCCGUACCUGCCGAGCCGGAACCGCCAGUGAACCAGGACGAUUGGUUGUGCUGUAUGGCGCGGUGGUCCGACCGAAAGUACUAUGCAGGCAAGGUCACAAGGGAGACAGCAAGUUCAUGAUGCUGUUCGAGGACGGUGCCUCGAAGGCCGAUCGUGAUCGUGAUCGGCGACAAGGACACGCUCCCGAUCGUCGGACACGCCGUGCACGCGUUCACCGGAGGCGACACCUACGAGGCCGGUUUCGUCGACGAGGUCAAGCGGAACGAAACCAUCAACGAAGUAUUGUACGUGGUCCGGAUCGGCAAGGGCACCAUCGAGGAGACCGCCUCCGGCCUGUAUCUGAACGAGGAGCAGGCCAAGUAGUCAACUGGGCAUGCAAGGCCGCCGAAAGAGGCGCGGACGACCCGAUGCAGUCGCCGUCGGCCAACGGCAAGCGGGGCAGCGCGACAAACACGACGAUCCUACAGACGAAGCGUCCGCCGCGGGGGGUGGCGAAAAGGGUUCACGGUCGAUGCGGAACAAGGUACCUGCGUAGAAUUUGAAUUGCAGUCGUCGACCUUCGAUGAUCUGAUGACCGCCAGACUAGGAGAGCAUCACAGAUUGUCACCAGGAUACAUGUUUUAGUCCAGGUUGAAGCGGAGCCGUUAAAGAACGUGCAUCACGUGUGCCAGUAUUGUCUGGCAGUUUGAUCCAAGAAAGCAGCUGAACGAAAAAAUGGUUGGAGCUGAGUAAAUGUUCGAAAUGGUUCAUUAACUACAAGGCGCAGAGUACGGGAACCUGAUCUGCACUGAACGACUCAACUCAACUCAGAUCCGCAUAUGACAUCAGUUUCAAAAAGUACAUCAACGAACUCGACACGGCGAGAUUUUAAUAGGAUUUAAUAGGGUUUACAAAAAAACGAUACUAAUAAUACUUAUAAUUGUAUGGAAAGACCUCUUACACUUUUCCCGCACUUUUUUUUUAUUCAGUAAAAGUAGAAAAUAAAGUCAUGCAAUAUAAAAUCAUCGACAUGCAACACUUUUCUUUCUAUGCACUUGGUGGACUCACAUGGAGAAGUUGAAUAGCAAUGACAUUGAAGUAAUCCAAUCUGAAGACGUAUCCGGUCUUUUGAGCGAUUUGUACCUUCUGGGCUUCACUGAAGGAAUUUAUUUUGUGUUUUGUUUUGUGAAAGCUUUUAAUAUAAAAAGUUUAUUUGCGUGUUGGUGUUUGCAAACGCCCAGCCGGAGCAGCAAAGGCCUCAAAUAUCCGCGUUGGACCUUUUACGCUCUCUACCGCCGGCCAUCACCGGAAAUCUGCUUCACAUUCCGGAUUGUGGU